AUGGACUGCCAAAAUAUUUUGAUGAUGACGAAUUCAGAGUAUGGUCAAUUCAAUGUCCAUCUCGCCGUCGCCCACGAGCUUCUUCUUCGCCUCGACUACGUUGUACACAUAGCCUCGUUUCCGUUUUUGGAAUCAAAGGUCGAAGAUCUCAACCACAAUGUGGGGAAAGAUGCCACACGACCAUCAGGAAAAGCGAUAUUCCACACGAUCGAUGGACCUUCCCUCAUGCAAGUAGGCUUGCAAUGUACCGAGCUUACCGGCAUCCUCACGAGAAAAAAAGGUUAUGGAGUUCACGCUGCAGUCGACACAUACAAAAACGAGUUACCUGUUGUUUUCACAGCAUGGAGCCCCAGUGACUACCUCAAGAUUUACGACAGCUGCAUGAGGGUGAUCGAGGAAGUAAAACCAGAUAUCAUCGUGCUGGACUGGCUAUUCUUCCCUGCCGUCGACGCCUGCAACGUCAGCAAAGUGAAAUAUUGUGUCCUGAGCCCAAACAGUGUCCUCGAAAGUAUCCCCGGUCUCAGACUGGGCAAGCCCUGGAAAUAUCCUCAGAUGAACUCAGGGUUCGCAUAUCCCCUCCCCUGGACAAAGAUCCUACCCAACAUCUAUCUCGCCAUACGACUAAUCCUCAGUCUGGCAUUUUGUCCCCGUCUCAAAACCCUCCAACAAGCCCGACAUGCGCACGGUAUCCCCGGCCCAAAUCCACCCAUCGGAAUCUCCCCUCCUACAAUAAUACCUUCUAGCCCAGACACAGACUUCCCCUGUCCAAUCCCACCCAACAUAACCUGCUGCGGUCCCAUAAUCCGACCCUGCCAUAAACUCGCCGAGAACAACCGCGAACUAUCCGUCUGGUUGGCCCGCCGACCAACAGUCCUUGUGAACAUGGGCUCGGCCGUGAUCUGGGAUACACAGCGCACAGCACAGUUCGCGGAGGGUAUCCGUGUACUACUUCAGCGGCGGGGGUGGAUCCAGGUCCUGUGGAAAUUGCAGACUACUUCGGCUAUGGGCUCGAUUGAGCAGGAUGGUUCGGCGUUAAAGUGUCUAAGAGGGUUUGUUGAUUCCGGUCAGGUGAAGAUUAUGGCUUGGUUGCCGGAGCCGAGUUCUAUUUUGCGGAGUGGGAAUAUCCUUUGUAUGGUGCACCAUGGGGGUGCCAAUUCAUUUCAUGAAGCUAUUCAGGCUGGUGUUCCUCAUGUCGUUCUGCCGGUUUGGUAUGAUACCUAUGAUUUUGCAACUCGUGUCGAGUGGUUGGGCAUUGGAGUUUGGGGCAAUAAAACUGUUGCACCCCGUGUUGAUGGCGCGGAAUUGGGCGCGGCCUUGGUGAGGGCCAUUACGAGCACUGAUGCUAUCCAAUUCUUUUUGAAGGCGCAGGAUAUCAGUGAGAAAUUGGGAGAAGGGCGUGUUAUUGCCUGUGAGAAGAUCAUCGAGCUUCUCUCGGCCGACGAGAAAGAUGAUGAUGAUGAACUGAUGGAGAAUGGAGAUUGA